AAGACCAUGGAGCAGCUGCUGCUUCACCACCUGAGGCCACAGGUCUGCUACGCCCUCGACCCUCUGCAGUUCGCAUAUCAGGAGAAGGUGGGAGCGGAGGAUGCCAUCGUCUACAUGCUACACCAAUCCCUCUCCCACUUGGACAGAGGCAGUGAUGCUAUAAGAAUUAUGUUUCUGGACUUCUCUAGCACCUUCAACACCAUCCAACCUCUGCUCCUUAGGGACAAGCUGACAGAGAUGGGAGUAGAUUCAUAUCUGGUGGCAUGGAUCGUGGACUAUCUUACAGACAGACCUCAGUAUGUGCAUCUCGGGAACUGCAGGUCUGACAUUGUGGUCAGCAACACAGGAGCGCCGCAGGGGACUGUACUUUCUCCGGUCCUGUUCAGCCUAUAUACAUCAGACUUCCAAUACAACUCGGAGGCCUGCCACGUGCAAAAGUUCGCUGAUGACACUGCUAUCGUGGGCUGCAUCAGGAGUGGGCAGGAGGAAGAGUAUAGGAACCUAAUCAAUGACUUUGUUAAAUGGUGCGACUCAAACCACCUACACCUGAACACCAGCAAAACCAAAGAGCUGGUGGUGGAUUUUAGGAGGCCCAGGCCCCUCAUGGACCCCGUGAUCAUCAGAGGUGAGUGUGUGCAGAGGGUGCAAACCUAUAAAUACCUGGGAGUGCAGCUGGAUGAUAAAUUGGACUGAACUGCCAAUACUGAUGCUCUGUGCAAGAGAGGAUAGAGCCGACUAUUCUUCCUUAGAAGGCUGGCGUCCUUCAACAUCUGCAAUAAGAUGCUGCAGAUGUUCUAUCAGACGGUUGUGGCGAGCACCUUCUUCUAC